AAGGGCCGAGGACAUGUCUCCAUCUCCUGGGACUGGACAGGAUGGGUUGAAAGGGGGGUUACAGGGCGUGUGUGGAGAGGACUGCCAGGCUCUGCCCCUUAAAGUUAGGGGCUGGCGAAGGCAGCACCCCAGUCCAGAGACUGCUGCUCAUCUGAGAGGGUCCAGAGGGAAGGUGGGAGGCGAGCAGAAUGGCCAGACCCCUGCAGCGGCCUGCCGGGCUCGGACCUUUCGUUCUGCUGUGGCUGCUGCUGCCCGCGCCAAUUGGGCGCGGGGUCCAGGCCGGACGGGCCUGGCCCGUGCCGCGCUGCCCAGCGGCCUGCGAACCCAUGCGCUGCCCUCCGCUGCCCCGGUGCUCGGCGGGGACCGCGCCGGUGCUCGACCGCUGCGGGUGCUGCCGGGUCUGCGCCGCGGCCGAGGGCGAGGCCUGCGGCGGGCCGCUGGGCCGGCCGUGCGCCCCGGGACUGCAGUGCCGCGCGCCGCGCGCGCCCCGGCUCCUCGGCGGCCUCCCGCUGGGCACCUGCGGCUGCCUGGAGGCUGGGGCGACAGUGUGCGGCAGCGACGGGCGGACCUACCCCAGCCUGUGCGCGCUCCGCGCCGAGAACCGCGCCGCGCGCCUCCGUGGUGCGCUCCCGGCAGUGCCGGUGCAGAAGGGGGGCUGUGGGGACCCAGGGACCGAAAGUGCAGGCUGGCUCAGGAACAAGUUCAACUUCAUCGCCUCGGUGGUGGAGAAGGUGGCCCCGUCCGUGGUUCAUUUACAGCUGUUCCGCAGGUCGCCUCUCGGCAGUGAGGAUGUUCCUGUGUCCAGUGCCUCUGGGUUCAUAGUGUCUGAGGAUGGGCUCAUUGUUACCAACGCCCAUGUCCUCACUAACCAGCAGCGGAUCCAGGUGGAGCUGCAGAGUGGGGUCCAGUAUGAAGCCACCGUCAAGGACAUUGACCAUAAACUGGAUCUUGCCCUGAUCAAGAUUGAGCCAAAUACUGACCUCCCUGUAUUGCUGCUGGGAAAGUCAUCUGACCUGCGAGCUGGCGAGUUCGUGGUGGCCUUGGGGAGCCCGUUUUCACUGCAGAACACAGUGACGGCAGGAAUUGUCAGCACUACCCAGCGAGGGGGCAAAGAGCUUGGGCUGAAGGAUUCAGACAUGGAUUAUAUCCAGACGGAUGCCAUAAUUAAUCACGGGAAUUCUGGGGGGCCUCUGGUGAACUUGGAUGGUGAUGUGAUUGGCAUAAACACACUGAAGGUGACUGCAGGAAUCUCCUUUGCAAUUCCCUCGGAUCGCAUUCGGCAGUUCUUGGCCGAAUUCCAUGAGCGCCAGCUGAAAGGAAAGGCUCUCUCACAGAAGAAAUAUCUGGGUCUGCGCAUGCUACCCCUCACAAUGAACCUGCUUCAAGAAAUGAAAAGGCAAGAUCCAGAAUUCCCUGACGUGGCUUCUGGGAUUUUUGUGCAUGAGGUGAUUCAAGGAACAGCUGCUGAAAGCUCUGGGUUGAAAGACCACGAUGUAAUUGUCAGCAUAAACGGACUGCCUGUCACCACGACAACCGAUGUGAUUGAAGCUGUUAAGGCCAAUGAUUCACUUUCCCUCCUGGUUCGUCGGAAAAGUCAAACUUUGAUCCUGACAGUCACACCUGAGAUAAUCAAUUAAAAGCCUUGCUUUAAAGAUAAAUUAUCAUCUAACAAAACCAAAGCUACAUUACCUGGUUUGUAUUGAGGAUGUGCCAGUGAUGGCAAGGGGUUUUAGGAUCUCUUUCUUUUGAAGAAAAAUGUGUGCUUUUAAAACACACAUACACACAUUCCAGAACCAUCAGGUUGGGGGUGUUACAAUCGCUGCUGAGAAGCCUAAGGGAAGUAGAAGGACAUGGUGCCAGGAAGUCUGGGGAGCUGAUAAAAUUUUAUUUAACAACAGGAAACAGCUGAAAACAGGCAGUUUCUAAUUUAUCCUGAUGGAAGGACAUUUUAGUACUAUAAAACUUCUCUAUAGCCAUAAACUGGAUAUAACACCACACACACACACACACACACACACACAUACAUCUAUCUACCAAUAUUAAGAAACUGAAUCCAGAGUGCAAAGGAAAUCACAUUUUUAAUAUUAUUCCUUUACUCAAACAGUUUUUCAGGUUUAUCACAUUUGGCCAGGGUUUGUAAAUACAGAGGAUGCUCAUCACUUAGAAGUCACACUGAAAAGUAACCAAUUUGGAUGGUCACAGAGUAUAGAUUCUCAGGUUGUCAGCUAGCAGUGGAAACAACUCUGGUUCCCAUCAGCUUUUCUGUGAGGAGGGCUUCUAUAAAAUAUUCUAUAAAAUAGAAACUCUAAUAAUUUAGACUUUUACCUCUUUACCCAAGUUCUUCCUGGAAACAUUCAUGAUCAGUGAUUUUGAGUCUGAAAGCUGCCACAGUUUAUUUAUUUUUUAAAAAUAACUUUUGAUGGGGUUUGUGAAUAUCUUUAGGGAUUUUUUUUUUUAAGUGUGAGAUGAAGCAGGAUUUGUGGUUUAAAGUAGUAUCUUAUUUGGGGCAGGAUUUCAAUUUUAGUUUUCCAGAUUUUUCUUAAAAGUGAGUUUUUCUUUUUAAAAAGGGGCAUCCUUGAACUCUCAAGUUCUAUGCAGAAAUUUUAAGUUUAUGUGCAUUUUUCUGGGGAGAAGGUUCAAUUUCUUCAGGACCCAUAGCAAUUUAAAAUAUACUGCCUUAGACUACAGAGAUUAUAAAUAAGAAUCUAUCGAUUUACAGUUACAAAGAAGUUGAGGUCAAUGUGGUACAGAACUUUCAAGACAAGAGAAUAAUCUGUUUUCAUUUUUACAUAAUUGACACCAUUUAAUACCAUAAGAAGAGCGGUCAUAUUAAUCAGGGAUAAUAAAGCUGAAACUUUCAGGAAAACUGCUUCAUAAUGAUAGAGAGUAUCCAGUUAUUUUAACUGGGAUUCUUGGCUUUUAUGUCAAUAAUUACGAGACUAAACUUUGAGCGGUUCUACCUUGAUUGUUCCUAGAAUUUAUACACUGCCCAAAUAGCAGGCUCUUUGUAAACCCCCCUUUUACUUUACACUUAACAGUUCUUUUCAACUCAGAUUGUAAGGGAUGGGAACUAAGUUUUAAAACCCACAAGUUUAGAACAUUUUUUUUAAUCCCCUGUGAUGUGGGAACUUGAAAGCUUGGCUGUCUCUUUCCCUAUGACUGACUGUUGUAGCCCACAGUGAGAAACUUCGGUACCAUGCUUAUUUUGACAAAUGUGUUUGGUUUCUGUUUCCCACAAGUCACAUCCUAAUUCUAUCUAGCACUCAGCAGUAAUAUUCUUUAAGGAAGAGUCUGUUUUUCUUUCCAAGGAUGUGAGGCUCUUCAUUUUAUAUUAUGUAAUCAUGAAGAGGAGAUUUAGAGUUACUUGUAUGAUUUUUUUUUUUAAUCUGUCUAUAACACGGGCUUUCUAAAUUGGUAAAUGAUACCUUUUCAAUAGGAAAAUUCUGCCAAGAGUAUAGCUGAACCCAGACAUAU